CCCCACGCCGUGGGCCAACACCGACUCAAUCCCCGAACUCAUCGCCUUUCUCAACGACACGCUGAAGCAGCGGGACCCCCAAAUGGGGUACAUCUCGCAGUGCAUUUUGACCCCAUCGACGUGUUUCGUGCUCACGCACUUGUACGUUGAAAGAGCAGUGUUUUUUGCCACUUGAGGGGGAAAAACAUAAAUGGUUGAAUGGGAAAAUACCGGGGCCUGGGGGCGUCAAUAUCAUCAUCUCGGAUUUUGUCGAUUACGAGGAGGGGGCGUUUUCCAGUCGUGGAAAUGGAAUUUUGGAUGACCAACUUGCCCCAAAGCCUGCGCGAGCUUCCACUCAUUCAUCUGGCAAUUCCAGGCUCUCACGACAGCACGACUUUUGCCAUAACAAAAAAAUCGAAAAUAUCGCCCGAUGCCCGUAACCCCAUCCAAUACUUGAAAUUCCUGGAGCCCCUCCUGAGCCCCAUUAUGGUGAAAUGGUCGCGAACGCAAUCGGUGGAUGUAACCCAACAGUUGAAUGCUGGAAUCAGGUAUUUUGAUUUGAGGAUUGCGACGAAAAAGGGCUGUGGGGGCUUUUAUUUCGUCCAUAAUUUGUAUUCAGAGUGCGUUAAUGGGGUUUUAAAGGAGAUUCGAAACUUUUUAGAUACUCAUUAUGGCGAGGUUGUGAUUUUAGAUUGUCAACAUUUUUUCAAUAUGGGGGCUGUCGAGCAUUGUAAAUUUAUUUCGCUACUUGUGGACACAUUCGGGGCGAAAAUACAGCCCCGGACUGAUUUAACACAACUCAGUUUAGUCAAAAUGACCGAAAAUGGGAAACAAGUCGUUGUAAUUUAUCGAUCUGAUCUCAGAGAAGACUUUUUAUGGCCUGGGGGCUGCUUUCCCACUCCUUGGGCCAAUACAGUAGUCAUACCGAAACUUAUUUCGUUCCUAAACCAAAAUUUAAAACGUCGAAAUUACUCAUUAGGGUUUGUCUCGCAAUGUGUUUUAACACCUAAUAUUUGGUAUGUUUGCAAAAAUAUUUUCAGUUCGUUAGUAAACAAAUGUGUGUUGCCCCUAGAAACGGCCAAGUAUGAUUGGAUAAGGAAACAGAGGGCGGGGCUUAAGGGUGUCAAUAUUAUCAUUUCCGAUUUUAUCGACUAUCAGGAUUACAGAUUUUGCAAAGAAGUGAUCGACUUAAACGAAAAAAUACUUAACUGUAGUAAAGAAUAACUCUAUUUAUUAGAACGUAGGUCAAAAGUGAUUAUAACAGUAUUAAACACAGUUUAACGUAAAAUAAAUUGACAUUUGACGCAUGAAAUCAAUGGCGUAACACAAUUAUUUUUACCCUUCUUGCCCUUUUGUUUACUAAACGAGACGCCAAUGCCUGGUAGAAACAUCAACAAAUUACAGACAUCUACGUUACCGUCUUAGUUUUAUUUUUAAAAUUUGGUACGAGUGGCGAAAUAUAAUUAUGUUUUGCCCUUUUGUUUACGUAACGAGUCGCCCAUGUGUGACAGAAACGUCCGCAAAUUACAGGAAUCUACUUUACCGACUGUGAUAAUUAUUUCUUGCCUUUUUUUGUGAAAGGACACACUGUGUUGUUCAAGCACGUGACACAUUGGGGCUUCACCGGUUGACAGAUUUGCUGUCCAAAGCCCACAAAUAAAAGCCCGAUUUCGUCCCAUAAGUCUUUGGGUAGCCACCCUUGAAGACUUUUUCUUGUCUCUUCGGGGGUUUUUGUGUUGACCCAACCAAUCCUGUUUGAGAUUCGAUGGACGUGGGUGUCUACCCCAAUUCCUGUGACCUCAUUCCAUGCCGUUUUCAUGCACAAAUGGGCCAUUUUGGGCCCCACACCUGGGAGUUUACACAAAUCCUCAACUGUCUUUGGAAUGUCUCCAUUGUAGUCAUUUUUGAGGAUUUCAGUGGUUUUUUUAAUGUAUUUCACUUUGGUCUAGAGUGAUAAUUGAAUAAUUGUGGUUUAGUGUGAAAAUAGUACCUUCCAGAAGCCUACUGGAUAAAUGAGUUCUCCUAAUUUCUCAUCAGAGGUGGCUAAAAUAUUGUUAGGGUUGCAACCAUGUUUUUGUAGUUUUUGCAUGGCACUGUAUACAAUUUGGUCUUUGGUUUGACUGCUCAACAUUAGGGCUAAAAGGGCCUGAUAUCUGAAAACCUACUCGAUUUAAUUUUAACUGAAACGGGGAUUAAAACAGUACUUCAGGACUUGCCGACUCCUCUUGACACUUAUCACAACCCAUAGAAUCGACAGGAGCGUCAAAAUUCUUACGCAUUUCUCUUAUAUUAGCAAGAGUUUUUUCCCAUUCAGGGGGGCCUUCCCUUGACCCAAUUGUAAUAUGGUCACGCUUGGUGCUCUUGUUCCGUGUCUCGGAGACUUGCAAUCGUGAGAGUUUGCGUUUUGGGGCCAUUUUAAAGCGAGACAAGUCUGUUUUGUUGUCCUGACUUGGACUCGCCUCCAUGACAUUGACAGCUACACCACUUCGAAGAUUAUGUAGAAUUGUGAAAAAUUGAACGUGUUUUAAACAGUUUGGUGCUCUAUUUAGGUGUUUUCUCAACGAAAAGUUCAUAAAACAAAAUUUGAAAAAGUGAGGUUAUGUAUAUAAAAAGUGACAGGUAUUUGAGCAAAUUCCAGAAACC